AUGUGCCUCCUCCUGGACGAAACCCUGCUCUGGAAGAUCGCCCAGUUCAUCCAAGAAACCGGAACUGCUGAAUCGGUGAAGCCAAAAACCCUAAUCCAGCCUCCAAACAUUGAACCGGCCAGCAUUUCCGAUUCCCACGCCCCCACGAGAAGAUGUUAUUUUGGAACGUUGGAGCUGGAAAUUGGAAAUCUAGCCCUAACUGUGCUUACUGUAGCCAAAAACGGCCUCCCCAGAGACCUAAGGACCCUCAAGGAGCAGUUCAAUGUGAAGCUGGUGAGCUUCGAGAACGCCCUAGUCUCACUGCCCGCCUUCCGCCAACUUCACUACUUUGAGACGCUCAAUUUUUUGGUCGAAUCACUCAGCAAGUUCUACAUGGCCGAGUUCCAAAAGCAGACGAUGAAAGUGAUCGUCACCAUGGACGCGUUCGGUAACCCGCAGGGCCUCGCGUCCGACCUCAAAGAGAGCUUCCAAGGCCUCCUUUUCGAAGGAGAUGUCAGCGGAUUUGUCUCCGGCCUCGGCUACGGCGUUACGAACUCCAUUUCCAAGGUCGCCAGCUCCAUGGCGCAUGGUGUGGGGUCGUUGACGUUCGACGAACAGCAUGAACUGAUGAGGAGACGAAUGCUGCGAAGCCAGAGUCAACAGGACAACGCCACUCCACUCAGUCAUCUUUACGGCGGCGUCAAAGGCCUCGGAGUGGGCGUUUUCGGAGGGCUAACGGCGUUGGCGAAGAAUACGCUGACUGCAACGCAAGAGGAUGGCAUUUCGGUGGGUUGAGGAGGGGUUGGUGGGAAUUGAGAGGGUCUGGAAGAGAUUUGAGAGGGUUUGAGAGAGUUUCAGAGAGACAGGAGCGUCUGAAAUAAGUAUAGAGACGUCUAAAGGGAGCUUUAUGAUAAAAUUGAAAUUUCUGAAAUCGUGAAGCUCCGAUCUUCUUCAAAUUUUGCACGUUUGUCCUGUCUAGACCACGAAUCAAUCAUUGAAAAUUUAAGCUCAUGAUUUGCAACUGGCUCAGAGAUAUUCAACGAUCUUUGCCGAAAAAAUCAAAUUUCUCAAGGCUUAAAGUGCAGAUCACCUUCAAAUAAUUAUAGAGACGUCUUAAAGGAGCUUUAUGAUAAAAGUGAAAUUUCUGGAAGAGUAAGGCUUGGAUCUUCUUUCAAUUUUGCACAUUUGUUUUGUCUACACCACAAAUCAAUCACUGAAAAUUUUAGCUUAUAGUUUGCAAGUGGCACCGAGAUAUUCAACGAUCUUUGCCAACAAUAGAGUAUGAAAAAUGAGGAGACGGAGAGAAAUGUUUUCGGCUAGAUCUUUACGAGCCUCACUGUGAAAAAGUUGAUUUUUUGGAACUGUCGGUAAGACGUUAGUAAAAAAUCAAUUUUUUCACAGUGAGUUUGUAUAGAUAUAGCGGAAAUUAUUUCUCUUUGAUCACGUCUCCUCAUACUCUGUCGUCGGCAAAGAUCGUUGAAUAUCUCAGCGCCACUUGCAAAUCAUGAGCUAAAAUUUUCAGUGAUUGAAUUGUAGCAAAGGUGGAACAAAUGUGCAAAAUUGGAGGAAGAUCCGAGCUUUACCCUUCCAGAAAUUUCACUUUUAUCAUAAAGCUCCUUUUAGACGUCUCUAUGAUUAUUUGACAGUGAUCUGCGCGUUGAGCUUUCAGAAAUUUGAUUUUUUUACAGAAAAUUGUUGUUUUUUGCGGCUAAAAUUGAAUUCGCGAAUUUUUUCGAAGUUUUAAAGUUGUUUAUAGAAGGUUUUGUGUGUAUUGUAGGCUUUUGUGUGUAUUGUUUUAUGAAGCCAUUUACCAAUUUCAAUAAGGUUUGAUUUUUCAGGGCAUUUUCCGCGGAGUGACGACUGGCGCUGUGGACACGGUAACCAAGCCGAUUCAAGGUGUCUUUGACUUCCUUGAGGGCUCCGCCUCGGCGCUGAAGGAAGUGGUGGGAGGCCCAUUGGUGAGGAAGUCCCACUUCCCGGAACGGAGGAUCCGAUUGCCGAGGGUCUGCACCAAUCUUCAGUCAUUACUACCCUGCUAUGAUGAUCAAUUGGCUGAAGCGCAGCAGGAAUUGCUGAGAAUUACUGGCUAUUCGACCAAUGAAAUGUAAGAAGGGAGUGUUUGAAGGGGGUUUGGGGAGAUAUUGAAGCUGGAAUUUUUAUUUUUUUUGGGGGAGUUUUUGAGAAAAUAUUGUGUUUUGGUAGAAUUUUUUUGUUUGGCCCUUGAUUUUGUAUUGUAUUUUGUGCCUCUGUGUCAAUUAUUACACGUGGAUUUUGUGGAUGCCUUUUUGAAGGCCAUUGCGGAUAAGUUUUUGAUGAAAAAUUUCGAAAUUUUUUGUCAUGGAUAAUAUCAUUUUUGAUUUUUUUGACUUUAUUUUGCAUUAUGAAUGAUUUUUCAGCCUAUUGAAUGUUGUAAUAUUCUUCUCCCGAAUAUGGCAAGGCGAGAAAGAGGUGCAGAAGGCCCUCAUUUGCUCGGAACAAUGCUACAUUCUCAGGCAACGGAACGACCAACCGAAUACGGUCACUCAGCGAAUUGUUUACCGAUUAUUGAAGAAUGUCCAACCCACUACGGUUCAGCAAUCGGGUCUAGUGAAAGUUGGUGAGUCAUUUUGAGGUUUUUGGGUCUAAAAGUGGAGGGUAAAAAAUGUGUCAAAAGGUAUCCAUGUGGAUUUUUGGGUAGUAAUAACUUAUUAUGCGGCUUAAAUGAGCGGUUUUUGACGUUAUUAGAGAAGAUUUGUGGGAUACCUUUUGAGAGAAAAAAAUGGGAUCAUGGAUACUUUUUGAGGUUUUUUGCGAUUUGAAAGGAUUUUUAUGGGACUAAGAGAAAAAAAAUGAUUUUUUUUUGAGUUUCAGAAAUCACCUACGAAGACAAGCAACGCCGAAAUUCCCCGUCACAUAUCUACUGCUCGGACCGAGAAGUGGCCCGCCAGCUGGCCGACCGAAUCCUCCAGGCCAAACAACGCUACGACCAUUCGAAACGCACCCUCACCGUCCUCGAAGACGUGGAUUCCCUCUAG